AUGGCAGCUGAUAACUCUACCAAGAGAAACUCCAAUGUUCAGCUCCUAGAAGAGCUAGAGGCCCUAAGUGAAACACUUUACCAAUCACACACCUCAAACACGAGUAGAAGAACAGCUUCAUUAGCUCUAUCAAGAGCCUCACCUCCUUUUGUCUCAUCUGCUGAAGAUGACAAUGACACUGCUAAGGUUAGCAACAAACAAAACAACAAAACUCGGUCUCGCCGCAUGUCCUUGUCUCUUUGGCGAUCAAAACCAAAGCCUGAAGAUGCCAAGGCAACUCUCACUCAACCAGAUACCAAAAAGUUUGAUGACACGACAAAUUCAGGUGACAAGAAAGGGAUUUGGAGCUGGAAGCCUAUGAGGGCCAUUUCUCAUAUCGGAAUGCAUAAACUAAGCUGUUUGUUUUCUAUUGAAGUGGUUACUGCUCAAGGCCUUCCUUCAUCCAUGAAUGGACUAAGGCUUUCUGUUUCUGUUAGAAAGAAAGAGACCAAAGAUGGGAGUGUUCAAGCAAUGCCAUCAAGGGUUGAUCAAGGUGCUGCAGAUUUUGAGGAGACCCUUUUCAUAAGGUGCCACGUUUAUUGCAACUAUGGUAGUGGAAAGCAGCUUAAGUUUGAGCCAAGACCAUUUUGGAUAUACCUUGUUGCAGUUGAUGCCAAAGAGCUUGAUUUUGGAAAAAACUGUGUGGACUUGAGCCAGUUGAUUCAAGAAUCAAUUGAGAAAAACCAGCAAGGCAUGCGUGUGAGGCAGUGGGACAUAAGUUUUGGCUUAUCGGGAAAGGCGAAAGGAGGAGAACUGGUUCUGAAACUUGGCUUCCAAAUCAUAGAGAAAGAAGGAGGAGUUCAGAUAUAUAACCAGGAGGAGAAUUUUAAGUCUAGCAGGUUCAAAAAUCUUACCUCUUUUGCUCGCAAACAGUCCAAGUCAUCAUUCAGCUUGCCUAGUCCAAGAAUAAAAAGCAGAAGUGAUGCUUGGACUCCUUCACAGAGAAGGUUAGCUGAAGAUAUUCAAGGUCUAGAUGAUUUCAAUCUUGAUGAUCCACACAUAGUUCAUGACACCCCUCCCUCUAUCCAGAAACUUGAUGAUGGCAAAGAGAAGGUGGAGGAUUUUGAUAUCCCAGAUUUUGAGGUUGUUGAUAAAGGGGUUGAAGUUCAAGAGAAGAAAGAAUAUGAUGGAGAAGGAUCUGAGAAAUCCAUAGAAGUGAAGUCAGCUACAAGUGAGAUUGUCAAGGAAAUAGUACAUGAUCAGUUGCGCCUGACUAGACUAACUCAGCUUCAUGCAAUUGCCAAGCAGAUAAAGGAUCUUGAGUCCAUAAUGCGGGAAGAUAACAAUCAUGUCAUAGAAGGUGAGGAAACUGAGUCACUAAGAUUGGAUUCUGAUGAAGAAACUGUGACAAAGGAGUUUCUUCAUAUGCUUGAGGGUGAAAAGACCAGAGGUUUCAAAAUCAACCAAUCUGAAACACCUCUACUACAAGUUGAAGAGGUAGAAUCUGAAGUGUAUCUCCCAGAUCUUAGCAAGGGCUUGGGGUGUGUAGUUCAAACAAGGGAUGGAGGCUACUUAACAUCUAUGAAUCCUUUAGAUAAAGUUGUAGCUAAAAAUGAGACUCCGAAGCUAGCAAUGCAGAUGUCAAAGCCUUAUGUGUUGGCAUCAAAUCAGUCCCUAAAUGGGCUAGAGAUGUUUCGGAAAUUGGCUGGCAUUGGUCUUGAUGAACUCAGCUCUCAAGUUUUCUCUAUGAUGCCCCUAGAUGAACUGAUAGGUAAAACUGCAGAACAGAUUGCAUUCGAAGGCAUUGCUUCAGCCAUCAUACAAGGAAGAAACAAAGAAGGAGCCAGUUCUAGUGCCGCUCGUAUAGUUUCUGCCCUCCAAGGCAUGGCAAAUGCAAUGAGCUCAGGAAGACAAGAACGGAUUGCAACAGGACUUUGGAAUGUGGAUGAAACUCCACUUACGGCAGAGAAAAUUCUAGCCUUCACAAUGCAGAAGAUCGAGUUCAUGGCGGUUGAAGGGUUGAAAAUCCAAGCUGAUAUGGCAGAGAAUGAAGUUCCCUAUGAUGUUUCUCCAUUCUGGGCAAUGGAAGCAAACAAAGGCAAGGAUCUAUUAGGUUCUGCUGUUUCACUUGAGGAUUGGAUCAGAGGCCAAAGCUACAGUAACACUGGUGGUGAGCCUUCAAAUAUAACACUUAUAUUUGUAGUCCAACUCAGGGAUCCAACAAGACGAUUUGAAGCAGUUGGAGGUCCUGUGAUGGUGCUCAUUAAUGCAUCCAGUGAAGACACAAAUGGGGGUGAUUAUCACCAAAAUGAUGAAGAGAAAAGGUUCAAGGUAACAAGCAUGCAUGUGGGAGGUUUGAAGGUAUGGAAUGCCACAGAGAACAAUAAUGCAUGGGACAGUGAGAAACAAAGACUAACUGCGAAGCACUGGUUGAUUGAAUAUGGUUUGGGAAAGGCAAAGAAGGCAAAGAAGAAAGGCAAACAUGCAUUGGUAACAGAGCCAGACUUUUUGUGGAGCAUUUCAUCAAGAAUCGUGGCUGACAUGUGGCUCAAAACCCAGAGAAAUCCCGAUGUAGAAUUGUUUGAGGAGGGACGAGCAUAUCCACUGUGCUGA